GUUCCCGUUAAAGGGGAACGCCGGGAGCCUCCCACUGCCCCCUUGCUUCGCGCGCGCGCAGCCCCGCAACGCAUCGGUCUUUGGGGACGCCGACAGCUGAGCGAAAGCAUCCGAGUUUGUGCCUCAGGCCGCUCUGAAGAUCCGGGGACGGCUACUCCUUUGGGUUAAAGUCCGCUGAGCAGAACUUGAGAACUUGCCGCCAGAAUGCUUCUCCUGUUGCUGGGGAUCAUUGUCCUGCACGUGGCGGUGUUGGUGCUGCUGUUCGUCUCCACGAUCGUCAGCCAAUGGCUUGUGGGCAACGGACACGCGAUGGAUCUCUGGCAGAACUGCACCUCCCCCUCGGGAAGCGUCCACCACUGCUCUUCAUCGUCAGCAAAUGAAUGGCUGCAGUCUGUCCAGGCCACCAUGAUCUUGUCCAUCAUCUUCAGUGUUCUGUCCCUGUUCCUGUUCUUCUGCCAGCUCUUCACCCUCACCAAGGGAGGCCGGUUCUACAUCACUGGAAUCUUCCAAAUCCUUGCUGGUCUGUGUGUGAUGAGUGCAGCGGCCAUCUACACGGUGAGGCACACCGAAUGGCAUCUCAACUCCGAGUACUCCUAUGGCUUCGCCUACAUCCUGGCUUGGGUGGCCUUACCCUUGGCCCUUCUCAGCGGUGUCAUCUACGUGAUCUUGCGGAAACGCGAAUGAAGUGCCCAGACUUGUCUGUCUGAGGCUCUGAGCGUACAUGGGGAAGGGAGGAAGGAAAAAAAAAAAAAAAAACCCAAAAGGAGCUAGCCAAAAACCCAAACUCAAACCAAAUCAAACAGAAUGCAGUUGGGGGGGCGGGGGUUGCUGUUCAUUGAAGAUGUAUAUAAUAUCUAUGGUUUAUAAAACCUAUUUAUAACACUUUUUACAUAUAUGUACAUAGUAUUGUUUGCUUUUUAUGUUGACCAUCAGCCUCGUGUUGAGCCUUAAAGAAGUAGCUAAAGAACUUGACAUUCUAACAGUAUAAUCGAGCUCAGUAUUCUUGUGUGGGUUUUCAUUUCUGUGUUUUGCCCAGAAGUACAAUAACUCCGUCUCACCCCUUUCCUUUCACCUGAAAGAAGAUACCUCCCUCCCACCGCACCUUGUCUAGCAAACCACAGUGUGGGUAUAAACCCCGAGUGGCCCAAAGCCCUUUUAUUGUGGGUGACCCAGUGCAUUCAACAGAAGCAUCUGCUGCCUAAACACCAUGUAAAGCCUUACACAGGCACGGACACGACGCCCAACCUGGAGCCCUCCGCAAAAACAUGGCGUGUGGCUUUGGAAUACUCCCCCGGGCUGGUGGAGUAUCUCAGUCACGUGUCUAAGUGAGAAAUCGGUGACAGCAAAUCUGUGAAAUGGUGCUAUGGAUUUACCAUUCCUUGUUAUCACUAAUCAUCUAAACGACUCACUGGAAAUUCAAUUAACACUUUUACAGCCUAAAGUAGGAUGGAGACCUGCAUAAUUCUGUGUAAUGUAAAUGGUUUAUAACUGCGUUUGUACCUUAGCUAGGCUGCUGUUCUUAUGACAAUGAAUAAAUCAUAAAGCCUUCAUCAUGCCCACAUUUUUCUUACGGUCGGAGCAUCAGGACAAGUGUCUAGACCUCAUGGGACUGUGUGUUCCCAGGGCUUGGCUGGGUCUAGAUGGACCUGUGCUUCCAAGGACUGUCUGGCAAUGACUUGUAUUGGCCACCAACUGUAGAUGUAUAUACGGUGCCCUUCUGAUGCUAAGACUCCAGACCUUUCUAUUUUUUUCUUUUCGCUUUGCUUCUUCUGAUUUUAUACCAACUGUGUGGACUAAGAUGCAUUAAAAUAAACAUCAGAGUAACUCA